AGUCAAAAUUCAAAAAAAAAAAAAAACUGUGGCUGUGAAGUUUUGCAAGGAUUUAACCUUAACCCACCAUUGAUAGUGAUGAACUGAUAACCACCCAAAGCAAGAAUCAUUUCAAACACAUCUCAUUCCUUUUUCUUUGAUCCCCAACAUGCUUUUUCAUCCAUUCCUCAUAGUGCAUAUAAACCAACAAAGCUCCACACAUUACUAGUUGCCUCAAUCUACUUUUUCCUCAACAUCUCAGAGUUCCUCUGCUUUCAUCUCUAAUCCCUCAUUCAUCACAACACAAGUCACAAUACAACAAUGCUAGAUCCAGCCACUGAAUUGGUGCCACCACCAUCUUCACCCACAAUUUCUUCCAUUUCCUCUUCUGAUCUUGACACUGAGUCCACCGGAUCAUUCUUCCAUGACAGAAGCACCACAUUGGGGACACUAAUGGGAGUGAACUUCCCCACCAUUGCAUUCAGAGUCCCAUCGCAGCAUCGGAACCCUAAUUCCGCCGCCGAGGCCGCCAGCGGAGCAAGGAGGACUGCCGCCGCAACCAAGAAGAAGAAAAAGGCUAAUUCCGCCGCAACGACGGCGGAGAGACGGCGGAGGUGGUGGCAGCUCUGCCGCGACGGCGACGCCAGGCCGGCGUCUCUCGGCGAGUUUCUGGAGGUGGAGCGGCGGUUCGGCGACGGCGCGUUCUACGGAACGGCGGCGGAGCUCGAGGGGAUGGUCGCCGGCAACCAGCAGAGGAACGGCAGCAGGGUGCUCUUCUCCGACGGGAGGGUUCUUCCGCCGCAGGCAGACGUAGACGACGGAGCACCGCCGCCGGAGAGCCUCUGUAAUCGGUUUCCGGUGUCGCUUGCCGGAAUUUGCAGCGGCGGCGCGGCGUAGUGUUGUAUAAUAAGGGUUUUCAAUUUUUAUUUUUUUAAUUUUAUUUUUUUAAAGAAAGGAAAAUUUUGUGGCUUUAUUUUGAUUUUUUGUAAUAAUUUUUGGGGAUUGUUUGGUUGUGACCUAAUUGGAAGAUUAGGAAUGUUUUUGUCUGUGGCUUACGUGCAAAACACAAGCUUUGCCUUUUACCUUUUUGGGCGUUUCA